AUGCGACCUGAUACCCCGCGGGAUCCGCUUGCUGGGCCAGACAGCGGCCCCGAGUCCCCAUAUCCCAUCCGGCUCUCUGGACCCGUCAUAAAAGGCUUUGGAAGGGGAAGUAAGGAGCUCGGCAUCCCGACGGCCAAUAUCCCAGCAGACGGACUUUCCGAACACCCCGGUCUCGAAUCAGGAGUAUACUACGGCGUUGCGGCUUUGGAUCCCUCCAGAUUCCAACCAACCGACGCCGAGAUCCAAAAAGACCGACCCAGCAAUGAAACCACAAUCCUUCCGUGCGUGCUAAGUAUCGGAUACAACCCCUUUUACAAGAACACCGUUCGCUCCGUGGAAAUCCACAUCUUACCACAUCUCUCCCUUCAAUCAUCCCCUUCCGCCUCGCCUCUCUCGUCCACUCCUACUCCAGACCCCACCUCCUCUCCAGGUGACAACAGCGCCAGCAAACCUCCGCACACACGCCAUCACUUCCACCACUUCCCUGAUUUCUACGGCACGCCUCUUAACCUGCUCAUUCUGGGAUAUAUCCGGCCCGAGUACGACUAUGUCAGUCUAGAGGCGUUGGUGGAAGAUAUCCGGGUCGACUGCGAGGUCGCGAAGAGAAGUCUGGCGAGGAGGAAGUAUAUUUGUUUUAUACAGGAAGGCGGAGACGUGGAUGAUGAAGGGACCAAGGAAGCGAGGAAGUGGCUGAGGACGUUUUGA